AUGGCAGAGGCCAUCCCAAUGAAUGCCGCAAAUGUCAACCAAAUUCCGAAUGCCACAUCUGGGCCGAAUGAGUCUUUUAAGAUGCCCGACGGACAAGAUUCCGACAAUGCCGAUCGACGUAGCUCUGAUGAAGCUGCAACUAUCGAAGAAGCAACUGUGAGGGUAAAGGCAGAUGUAAGGGCGCUUCAACAACUCAGUUCCUCGGGCAGAGCAGCUCAACGGAAGAGGGAUAUAAACCAGGCAAAGAAGGGUUUUAGGGCUGUGGGUGAAGCAGUUGAUAAAUAUUUCGGAAAAGAAGGGGAGGAAGGCGGAGGACAUGAUAAGGGGAGAAAGUAAAAAUCAGCGAGUAUGGUAACAUCAUAGGAAGCUUCACCUCCAGUAACCAAACCAUAUAUUUGUUGCACAAUCUUUUGUGAGGAGGAUUUUCGGAGCUAGAUAAGAGCACCAGAGUAUUAAAUCUUUUUUAUCAUGUAUCGCCAGUAGAUAGCCUACUGUUAGUUAUGGUCCUCGAAAGCCGUCCGGAGGUCUUGGUCAUAUCUCUUCUUAUGUGAGAUUUUGUUCGCAACAAACUUCC